UAGUGUGCAUGCAUUUUCUGCUUCAUCUAUAACAAGAAAGCAAAAUAGGCAAAACGCAUUUGUGACAAAGCUUACGUUCAAGAUUUAUGGCAAAUAUAUAUGCAUUCAAGAUUAUCUACUGGAGAUUUAUGCCUCACUUUCUCCUGAUUUUCGUUCAAACCAGUUUUUCUUUUCUCUACUUCGUCACAGAAGCUGCCUUCAAGCAUGGGUUGAAUCCUCAUGUCUAUGUAACCUAUCGAUAUUUUUUAGGCUGUGCAGUGGUGUUUCCUUUUGCAUAUUUUCUUGAAAGAAAAGUAAGGCCAAAGAUGACAUUUCCCUUGUUUCUGGAGAUAUUUGUACUCUCUCUCCUAGGGGCUAGCUUGACCCUCAACAUGUACUUUGCAAGCUUGAAAUACACCUCUCCUGCCUUUAUUACAUCAAUGACCAACACCAUUCCCAGUAUUACUUUUAUAUUUGCUACUAUUCUCAGGUUGGAGGUUGUUGAUGUAAGGAAUCCUCGUGGGAUAGCCAAAAUCCUUGGAGCAUUAAUGUCCCUGGCAGGGGCCUUGACACUCACCUUUUACAAGGGACCUGAGGUGCGAAGCUUGCAGGGUGCUCCGAUUCAUAUUAGAAGUAAUCCUGCUCAACAAAACUGGAUAAAAGGGUCAUUUCUACUUGCUGCAAGUUGCAUAACAUUGUCUAUGUGGUUCAUUAUGCAGGUAUAUACAUUGAAGAAGUAUCCUGCACAGCUAUCACUGACUGCCAUGAUAAACUUUCUUGGGGGACUACAAUCAGCUGUCUUCACAUUGUGUAUACAACACAAACUGGAAGCAUGGUACAUUACAUUCGACAUCAACUUCUGGUGCAUCGUUUACGCUGGAGUUGUAAUCUGUGCUUUAACAGUCUUCCUUCAACUGUGGUGCACAAAACAGAAGGGGCCAGUCUUUGUGACUAUGUUUAGUCCCCUUUCAACAAUACUGGUAGCAAUUCUGGCAUACUUUUUCUUUGGUGAAGAGCUGCAAACAGGAAGCUUGCUGGGAGGAGCCAUUGUUAUUAUUGGACUAUACCUGCUGUUGUUAGGCAAAGAAGGUGAUCAAGAUCAGAUCAAGUCCCAAGUGCAAUCAUCCCCAACUUAUGAUGAGGAAAAGGACCCCCACAUAGAAAUGGAAACUUCACAAGAAGAGAAAGCAAUACAACAGGGUCUUGAGAAAUAAACCUGCAUCAUGAGUCUGGUGUGAGAGAACUUAUAUUUAAGAAAAAAGGAAAUAAAUGCAAUAACAAAUAAGUGAAGCGACUAUUUUUUUGGGGCUCUUACUACAAGGAAUUCACUGCUUUUUGGGCAACUUACAAAUUCCAGGUUGAUCAUAAGGAUUAAAUCCCUAGGAUACCACCAAAUGGAUUUAUAAAACUCAGCUGUUCACUCCCAGGAGUUCAAACGUUGCAUAUCAACAAAUAGGGGACAAGUGAAAUAUCAAAUAAGCCAAACCUCAUUCUCUACUAAUGUUAAUUUUAUACAAGUUAGGCUGCUUCAAUAAACUUGCAAUUUUUUCUUUUUUUUUUUUUAAUUAUAUUUACAAGAAAAAAAAAAAACAAUAACUAAACGUUGAUUCCAAAAAACUAGUUAGGAAGACUAAUUCAGCAUAAUUAUUCGAAAAUCAUAAAUCUUUUAAUCACAAGUAUAAAAAACGAAAAACAAAACGAAAGUUGUC